AUGGCAUACAACGACGACGCCGUGCUGGCGAAGCUGUCGGCACUGAAUGAGAGUCACGACAGUAUCGCCACGGCAGCUCAAUGGAUCAUGUUCCACAAGAGGCAUGCGGAUCGCACAGUCCAGCUCUGGCUUCAACGUUUGCGGGACUCGUCAAGCACAAAACGGCUGAGCCUGAUCUACCUUGCCAACGAGGUGACCCAACAGUCAAAGGCGCGGCACAAGGAAGACUUUUUAGUCGCCUUCUCUCCCGUCGUCGCUGAAGCUACGGCAUUGGCGUACAAGGGCGCGCCGGCCGAGAUUCAGAACAAGAUUAGAAGAGUCGUGGAUGUCUGGAAGGACCGCUUCAUUUUCGAACCCCCCAUCCAGCAAGCCAUCGAAGCGCGCAUCGACGAGCUCGACAAGGCCCGUGGAACCGCGAAGGCAAGCUUUGGAGGGCCUGGCAUCGGUGGCGGACCUUCAGUCCCAGCGGAGCUCAUCCCGGUCGUAACCUCGUACCAGAAUGCUUCGAAGCUCAACCUGCCCACGAAGACAGCCAUCAGCACCGCCAACCAGGAUUUUGAGAAGCUCACCGACCCGUCCACGCCAGUUCCCUCGGCGCCUGUCUAUGCCGCACGCCUGAAUGGUCUGCUCAAGAGUCUGGCAAGCGCAGAGGGUGCCGUUGCCGAGUGCGUCAAGGCCCGCAAGGAUCUCAUUGGCGAGUUGGAGAAGCUUCUAAGCGCGAACCAGGAGGCGCUUGUCAAUGACGAGAAACAGUACGCCGAACUAACGAAGCGAAAGGCGGAGACUGAGGAGAAGAGACGUGAGGUCGAGCUCGCUAUUAUGCGUGGACUGCCAACACAUGAGGCCUCUCAGUCGCCGGGCAACGGAACAUCUGCGAGUCCAGAACCAGAGAGACCAGAGGUAGAAGCGCUCACGCCUCCACCGGUUGAAGCUUUCACGCCGCCUAGCGUGGAAGCGUUGACCCCUCCCCCGAUCCACGAUGAGCCGCCUGUUCUCCGAGAAGGUGAGGCAGAUCGCGUGCGAUCGGCGUCAAGCCAGGCUUUCCAGCCGCCUCCCGCUACUGGCAUCGAGAUGCUUUCGAACCUGGCUUCUCAGUAUCAGUCCAUUCCGGUAUCAGCAAACGGAUCUAACAAGAGGCGCCGGCUAGACGGGGACGAUUUCCCUGACCUUGGGGGAGACGACGGAAUCGACGCCGAUGUGGCAGAGAUGCUCCGCAAGGACAGCAACGCCACAGCUUAA